CACUGGCAUUUAUUUAGAAAAUAGAGGGGGAAAAAUUUACAUCUAGCUUACAAGCCAAGGAACAUUUUAAGUUUCUUCCAAGCUGCAAUGCAACGACAACUUUCAAUCAAGCAACAACUUGCUCAUUAUUAAAUUAUAUUUAAAACUUUUUUUUUUUAUUUCAAAAGAGCUCAAAAAAGUAUGAAUGAGCCUAAAAUGACUGUGAAGCUUUUAAAAGAUAAAAAAAAUCGUCGAGCUCAAGAAAACUUGAGUUUGGAUUUAGCAAGUGAAUCUGAAACGGCCACUGCUUCACCAGUAAAAAUUUGCGGUGUGAAUUCGUCAUCACCUGGUGGUUCAAGUAGUCUUCCUGGUCCACCACAUUAUCACUCAUCAUCGCUGCUUGUUGGUGAAGUUCUUCGCAAUUAUUGGCACAGCAUUCCUUCACCAGCUGAUACUGCACAUUCAAAUGCUCCAAUUAUUCCAAUAGAAUUACUUGUUACUAGUUUGGAUCAAAGUAUUGAUCCAGAAAUAAUGAAACUUAUUUUAGGAUCAAUAUUCAUUGAAUAUAUUAAAGUUUUAAAUAUAUCAACAUUUGUACAAUCUGAUGGUAAUUAUGUGGCAAGUGUUGAAGUUCCAUCACCUCGAGAUGCACAAUAUGCAAUAUCACAACUUCAUCGUCGUCGUAUUGGUUGUAAAAGAAUAUCAAUAGCUUAUGCACAUACCAGUGGACCAAAUUAUCAACAAAUAAUAUCACAAAUCAUAUUAUUAUUGCAAGAAGUACCUGGACAUAAGUUACCAUUAUUUAAAUUUCGUGAAAUGUAUGAAAGUCGUUUUUUAAUGACCCUUAGUACAUCUGAUUUAUAUAAAAUGAAAGAUGUUUGUUUUAUAUCUGAGGAUCCUACUGGUAGGAUUAUAUCAUUAAAUCCAGAUCUUAGAAAUACAUCAUCACCAUUUCUUGAAAAUAUUUUGGAGGAUGAACCAGUUGAAUUUCCAUAUUGUACAGUUCAUAGUCAGCAACCAUGGAUAAAUAAAGGUUGGCCUGAACAAGAAAUAAUAUCAUUACCAAAUGUAACAAUGUCAUUGCAAUUUUUGGAAAUGCGUAUUCAUCAAUUGUUGAAAAGCCACAAUGGUAGUUUACCAUUGCCAAGUGUAAUAACUUGUUAUGAGGCAGUAUUUCAUCAGCCAAUGAAUAUUGAUGAAAAUGGUGUACCAUUGGAGCAUUUAAUAUCAUGUUUAUCAAGUGUUAAGCUACGUCAAGGAAUAAGUAGUGUUAAAUUUAUUGAAUGGGCAAAUAGUGAAAUGACGAAUGAUGAUAAUAAUAAUAAGCCAAUAAUGAGUCCACAGUUAAAUAAUCAAUUAUCAUUUCUCAGUCGUGAACUUGUUGAUCUUAUAAAAACAACACCAUAUUGUCAAUUAUUAUUUAAUUGUUUAAUACCAGCUUAUCAUCAUUAUUUUGGUCGUCAAUGUAGAGUAUCUGAUUAUGGUUUUACAAAAUUAAUUGAUUUACUUGAUGCAAUAAAACAAACAGUACAAGUUAUGGGUGAUGGUAACAGAAGCACAGUUACGUUAACACAUAGUGCACAAGCUCGUCGUUUUACAUCUGAUGUUCUUCGUAUAUUAAAAUCACAAGCAAGUCAACAAAUAACACUUAGUGAAUUUCCAAGUGCAUAUGAAAAAGUAAUUGGUAAAACAUGGAAUAUUGUUGAUUAUGGUGUAUGUCAAAUGCAUGACAUACUAAUUGAAGUAUCAGAAACAGCUGUUGUUGUUGCAAAUAUCAAUGAUGGUGAUAAAUUAUUAUCAAUACCAAUGAGACAACUAACACCAAAAGAAAUUAAAAAAAUAAAACAAUUUUCAAUUCGAGUUAUUGAGUUACUUCGUCAUGCACCACAGUACAGUAUGUUAAUCCAUAAAUUUAUUCGAUCAUAUUAUUAUUAUUUUGGUCAUAAAUGUCGUGUAUCUGAUUAUGGAUUUGCAAACUUAAUUGAGUUACUUGAGGCAAUGCCAGAUGUUGUUAAUAUUGAAGAUACAAAUUUUGGUGAAAAACGUAUUAGUCUUACUGAAAAAGAAAGUUGGAAUGUAUUAAAAGAUCAAAUUGUUAAACUAAUAUCAAAUUCAAAUGGAAGUAUUUAUGUAUCUAAUAUGCCACAAAUGUAUUUAUAUACUUAUGGAUAUAUGCUACAUCCAGAAAAAUUUAAUUGUCAAUCAGUACUUGAUGUAUUAAAAAAAUUAAAUGAUACAAUUAAUUUAAUUGAUUCACAAGAUGGUAUAAAAGUUGAAUUAAUAGUUAAUUUUGGUAUCGAAUUACCAUCAAGUAUAAUGUCACCAGGUUCUUAUCAUAGUUCAGGUGAUCCAGACAAUGAUAAUAAUAAUAAUAAUGCAUACAACAACAGUAUGUCGAUUAAAAAUAAAAAUGAUUGGAAUGUUAUUAAAUUAGCUGGACAAGUCCGACAACAAAAACAACAACAACAUUGUGACUCAUGA